UGUCGCUUUUUCUUUAGUGGAAAACCAAUCCGUCAUAUGCGCUGAGCGGAUGCAUGCCCUUCUGCGCGCUUUGUGCAGACUGCAGCUCCGUUAAAAUAGUCAUCUGUGAUAAAAUAACACAAUCAAAUAUUUGAUUAGACAUUAUUGUAUUCAGAAGUAAUCACCCUCAACUUGUUCAUCCUCAUCUUCAUCUUGGACCGAGCCCUGCGCAUUUUUGACAGAACUUAAGAGAAGCGGAUCAGGAUCAGGAUGCGUAGCAGCUGAAACCACGAGUUCGGGACUUUGGUGUUGAAAUUUAGAUAGAGAGGGCGGACCUCUACCUUUCCCUCCUGGACCAGGGGACCAGGACAGGAGCCCCGAAUCACGAUGACUCCUGGCGGUGUGGUGUUGAUCCUGCUCCCGGUGUGCUAUCUGCUCUCAGGAGCCUCCGCGGCGACUCUGAGCGGGCAGAGAGACAUCAUGCUGGGUCCGGACAAGUUAGAGGGCGUGGCCAACUUCAGCACUUUCCUACUGGACCAAAGCACAGGCACGCUCUUCCUCGGUGCCAGGGACGCCAUACUGGCCGUGGACAUCAACAAACUCAACCAAAAACCGCGCAAGAUUGUUUGGGAUGUGCCAGAGGAGAAGAGGAGGUCAUGUGUCGCAAAGGGAAAGACAGAGGUGGACUGCUACAACUACAUCCGCUUGCUAGAGUUUCUAGGAGAUGGACGCAUCUACGUGUGUGGCACCUACGCCUUCGACCCCCAGUGUGCCUUCCUGGAUAUCUCCUCCUUCACUCUGGAGAAAGUGGAGAAUGGGGGGACAAAGAUGGAGACAGGGAAGGGGAAGUGUCCCUUUGAGCCCAGUCAGCACUACACGGCUGUUAUGGCAGGUGGCACCCUGUACACAGCAACCACCAGCAAUUUCCUGGGAACACUCUUCGACAUCUCCCGGGCAACAGGUCGUGAGCAGGAGCGCAUCCGAACUGAACAAUCCAGCAACUGGCUCAAUGACCCAGAGUUUGUGAGCUCAGCUUUCAUAGAGCAGAAUGCAGACAGCAACCCGACAGGAGAUGAUGACAAGAUCUACUUCUUCUUCAAUGAGGUGGCCAGGGAGUACGACCUAUAUACCAAAGUCAAGGUGCCCAGGGUGGCACGAGUCUGCAAGUCGGAUGUGGGAGGGAUGAAGACCCUGCAGAGGCGUUGGACCACCUUUCUCAAGGCCCAGUUGGUGUGUGAGGACAAACCCAGUGACCAGCGUUACAACAUCCUGACCGAUGUUUUCACCACUCAACACACGCCAGGAGACCCAAGCAGCACACACUUCUAUGGGCUUUUCACCUCUCAAUGGGAAAACGAGGAGUUAUCAGCAGUGUGUGUUUUCAGUCUGUCUGACAUCAGCAAAGUGAUGUACGGUCCCUUUAAAGCAUUAAAGACUUGCGAGAACCGGAUCAGCCCUGAACCUGUCCCCACACCAAGGCCCGGCCAGUGUCUGAACAACGCUAUGAAGGCUGAAGGGUUUGAAUCUUCACUGAAACUCCCUGACAAGGUGCUGACAUUUGUGAGAGAGUACCCUCUGAUGGAGAACAGUGUUACUGCAGCGCCCCUGCUGGUCCGAAAAGGGAUCAAAUACACCAAACUGGCUGUAACACAGACGGGAAGCAAAGAUGAGCGGAGGGGAGCAGUGCUGCACCUUGGAACAGACCGUGGGGAGCUCCAUCGUGUGGCAGUAGUGGGACAAAAUGCCACCUUACUGCAUGAGAUUCCUCUGUUCACAUCACAGGAGCCUGUUAAUAAUAUAUUACUGUACAAGGGCCGGACUCUGGUGGGCAGCCCUCUGUCUUUGGCUCGUGUCCAUGCUGAAGGCUGCGGUGUGUAUCCCAGCUGUGAGGUGUGUGCCAGAGCCAGAGGACUGGGCUGCGUGUGGAAGGAAGAUGCCUGCCAGUACACAACGGCAGAACCUGUUCCAGGUGAUAUGGUCGACGAUUCCUUGAGGAAAUGUGAUACAACGGAGGGGCGUUGCUCCCCAUCCAUGAGGGAGCUGCGAGUUUCCAUAGGUCUACGCCUCCUGUUGCCAUGCUUCCAACUGUCUCCCAGGCCCUGUAGUUGGGAGCAUCCUCCCCACAGACACACGAGGCAGCACCACUCUGACCUCGAGGUGACCGUCACCACGGAAAGCCUGGGAAAAUACAUCUGCACGUGCCAGGAGGCAGGGCCAAGUGUCAGAGACCCCACCCCCUGUCGCAGAGCAGCCUAUCAUCUGACACUAGAGGGCCCCAGUGCUGGAGGAGCAGUGGCGAUAGCAGGAAGUCGUCAUUUCAUGGCCUUCUAUGUCGUUUUCUUCUUAGGUGGUAUAGGAUUUGCUGUAUUUCUCUACUGCUUGGUUAUACAUCGGCGCAGUUUUGGGCGCCAGGGCCACCACCUGCCAGAUAAUUCGCUGUCGUCAGAGAAGGGGCGGGAUCUGCUUGGCUCCUCAGCCACUCCACAGUCACCCAGCAGUGCCAGCCUGCUGUCUGAAGGAUUCCGGUUGACUGAAAAAAGGAAUGGGACAGCAACCACAAAUACGACCACAACGUUACUCAGCAACCAGGGUAAUGGUGGUCACCAUGGAAACAGCUAUAGCGGCACCCUGAUCAACAGCAACUCCAGCAAUGGCCAUGGGAAUUCCCUGUACUCCAACUGCAACACAAGCAACAGCCAUCUGAAAUUCCCCUCCGAAAUUUUAGAUGCAGACAUGCUGGAUGGAAGGACGGGGGAGAGGGAGAGGGGAAGGCCUGAGGGGGGAGAGAGGGAGUCGGGAGAGGGGGGCGAGGUGGAUGAAGGGCUGGGGGAUGGAUUAGCAGGGUUAAAAGGACUAGAGGAGGAACUUGCAAACCUUCCUGUGUAUAAAUCGCCAGCACCCCUGGCUAAGUGUGAAGAAAGCUCAAUAUGAAAAGGUGAUCCAAAUAUGCUCUACUGUACUAGUAAACCAUUUUGCAUCCUCCAAAUAAACUUGAUAACAGUGCGAGGAAUGCAAAACGGGCCUCAAAAUGGCUGUAGCCAAAUGCCUUUGGAUGGGAGCUGUGGCAUGAAGAGAGAGUGAAGAGAUAUAAAAGAAAUAUAUGAUAAGUUAUGUCUAAGCAUGUGAGAAAGAUAGCUGAAUCAUUCCAUAUGGAGAGAACUGUGAGACAGAAAACAUAUUUAAUUGUUGGAAUAGACUGCUUAUUGUCAGUCACUCAGGAUGGGAGCCACAGCUAAAUAAGUGUGUCAGAUGUACAUAUAAAUGUAUAUAUAAACAGUCUGAAAGUGAGCGUGAUAAGACACAAUUCAAAUGUUUCAAAAAAUCAAAGACUAUAUGUCUGCUUGUGCAGGCAUAGAAAAGCCAUACUAUCCUUCUCCUUGUCUUCUGUUGUGGUUUGCUGUCUAAUUCUCUUCUUCUCCUAAUGGCUCUGCAAAAGAAAAAAAAUUGCACAUUUGACUUUUUCAGCACCUCUCUGUCUAUCUCUGUUUCUCUCUCUGACACACAAAUUAAACACAAUCCCAGACUUUGAUGAGUCCAAAGGCACCAAAGGACUAUUGAGCCAUAGACUGCCCAGUCAAACUGCACUGAUCUUGGGCAUAAGACUGAGAGAUGUCACUGUCAGAGACUAAUGAACCAUAAAUUCAUUGAGGAAGCAGAUGAGCCACAGUGACCAUGAUGGGGCUGUUCCUGCCUACGCUGCUGCAAAGGUCAAGAGGAUGAUAAGGUUCACAGUCACCUGUCAGAUUUAUGUCUGUGGAAAACAAAGAAUGCACAGCAUGCAAAGAACUGACAGCUGUCCAGAUCUGCCACUGUUCAUUUUCACAGUUACUGACAGAGAGUGCAAAUGCUUCUCAGAAUGGACCUGUCCAGACA